AUGUCUCAUCCGCCGCCAUUUGUAGCGGCCCCUGCCGGCGAUUCGCAAUCCGACGUUCCUCAAGUCCGCGACCCAAUUCCUGGUCCGAAUGUCAAAGCUGUGAUGGUCGAUACGGCAACACAAACCGACUAUCCUCCAUUGUACAUCCCUGUACCUCCGCCAAGGGUGAUACUGCAGAGCUCGCCAUUCUUUAGAGUCUUCCGAACCGCCUACGAGAAAGCGGAUGCCUCUUUGGUCCGCGAGUCACUGCUGUCGUGGCCGGAAAAAUACUUACAUCCAGAGCCUUCGGCGAUCCUUUUCGGCCUUCCAGGUACCGAAGGGACAUGCUUUAAUUCCCUCCGACAAUUAGACCACGAUGCGGCGCGACGGAUGGAAAUUGUCUGCCGCGGCGCAAGAGCUGCUGGCUGGGACGUGUUCUUCGCCAGCGUCAGGGCCUUGUGGUCUGGUCCCACCAUCUCAAAACCUUACCAGAGUUUUCUGCGUUGGCCCGAUCACGACCCAGAAUCCGGCCUGUUCGAACAUUUGCGUUGCCGAGAUCUUACUAGCGCCUUGUUCGACGUUGAGAUCAUGUCCGUAUACGACUUGGAUGGGGGAGUCGUAUUGCCGCCGUGGGCUCACGACCACCAUGCAACAAGGUUUUCCCUAUUACACACGGUUCAUGGUCUAAUACACGAGGAACUGUUCCGUAACCAGCCUGAUGCAGAAUACCCGGUGCAGCCGGGCCUUGGACAGCCUGACCGUAAAUGGACCCAGCAAACCUGGUACAGAGAUACUGUCCUCCUCAUACCUCAAGCGCAAUCCCCAUACGUACUGUCUUCCGCGGUCGUCGCUCCUUCACCCUGGCAGGACCUUCAAAUCCAAAAUAUCGCAAAGUACUUUCUGGGAUUAGCACUUCAGCCCCAUCCCGGAUUUCCCAAGCCCAGCCUGACAGUCCACAAUGCCUAUCUCGUCGUUGAAAUGUUGUACCAAGUUAUGACUACUGCCUCGUGGGGGUCGCUAAACGCUGAAGCGAUGAUGACCCCCGUAGUGAAGUCUCAAAUACUCAUGUUGGCCGGCGAGCAAUGCGACCAUUCGCUCUUUCUUCGGGCUUGCACUCGUCAAAGCGCUUUCGAUAGUGCCCCCGACCAUCAAUCCUUCAUCCCCUGGCUCCAUCGUCUCGUGAAGAGCAGGCGCCUGAUGAAUUUUUGGGCUCCAUAUCUCAACAAAUGCUUAACCCAGGUCAUCUUGUCUUACGAGAACAUGCAUGAUAGAGUCAUGUUCGCGCUCAACUUGCCAAAGCAAAUCACUGGUCAACAUUCCCUACCCUACCUCCUUGCGUCAUCAUGGCUCAAACCGUUGCUCAUUCCCGACGACUUGCGAACAAGUGCCCUUUGCUCACUAAAGGAUGGAGAAGCCCUAGCCAAGGCCGCGCUCCGCUUUGACAGCAAAGCGGCUAUUGUUCAAGAACUCAUCACGGCUGUUGUCAAUCAAAUGCAGCUGCCCACGGAGCCAAUGCCAUGGAUCGCGGGUUUUAUCAAAUAUAUAGGCACUAAUAUCUUUACACAUGCAGCCAGAAUUGGGCGGUUAGGAGACCCAAUAUGCGCCGCAUUGCUGAAGCAGUGGUACCGGAUACUGGUCAAGCCAGUGCAAGCUCGCUUAAACUGUCCCCAGGAUCUGUCACGGAAGCCAUCCCAACCGGUUGAUCCCAGAGACCAUAUUGCCAUGGAAGGGUACCGCUUUUUGGUGGAUGCAAGCCAAGAGACAGCGAGGUUCAGAUGGACAGCUCUCGAACGGGACUUGGCCCAGUGGUUGUGGAAAGACACCCGUGUUUCCACCAGUCUUGAUACGUCCACGCAGCCUCCUACUUUGGUGGUAAAGAAGCGCUCUACAUCCAACGACGACUGGCUUGAACGGAGAAAGAUGGCUGCGAAAUCAUGCACAGAAUUGGAAGAGAUUCGCCACAGCAUCCUACAGUAUGACCCAGCAUACGGCGGCUUGCUCACAGCGAGAGAUCUCGUGGACUGGUCCUUUGCGGAGGGUACCGGUCCAGAUCCAGCAUGGAUCUCUGAAUAUGAUCCAGCGGAUCCAUCCAUCGAAGAGCCGUAUACACCAAGACGUCCAACGCUAGCCAGGAUCGUCUCGCCUGGAAGCUCCCCCACAUCUGCUUCGCCUGCCGGGAGCACAGUGACUCCGCGGAACCCUGAGCCAGAUCAGGACCGCGACAACAAAACAGACUCAGAGUCGAAGGAGCUCGAUAAGGCCGAAGCUCUCAAGUCCCUUACACUCGAAGAGUACCUGAAGCGCAGGGCCAGGAUGAAACUGAAGGGGCGAUGGGACCAACUUCAUGAAGAGGACGAGGAGGAUUUGCAGGAGCUUUACUUGCUUCUGGGGCGUCGCAAGAGUCUUCCAGAGGGAGCAUACAUUACCGAGGAGAAAAGGGAUCAAGUUGAUCACCCCAGCCGAUGA